UACAAAAAAUUCAGUUUUAUUAUUUUUACAAUUUAUUUUGACUUUUCGCUAACUGUAACGGAGUAACCGUAUCUUCAUGCUUUUUCGAUUUUUGGUGAAAGAAACUUUUUUUUGGUUAAUAACGGUUAUACAAAUUCUGUUUCCGAUAUUCGCUGUUUUAGUUGUGCUUUCAUAGACUGUUUUAUCACUUGCGGCGCCAUGACAGAACGACUGCGAGUGCUCGUCCGACCCCGACAUGGCCAUCUGAGAGCCAGGAUCAACAAAAAGAUCGAGGAUGACAUUGUCUACAUCGAUCAAACAGGGGCCGACCGUACGACCCAGCUGCGGAAGCUGGUAACGGGACUGUUCCGGUAUGAGCGCGUGGAGACCCAUCCGCAUGUGGCCCUCGAGAUGCAGGGCUACGCGGAGCGGCUGGUGCAAGAGGCGCUCAAGUACGGACCCAACCACAAGCCCACCAUGGAGCUCAUGGACUUUUGGAUGAACGAGAAGGAUCUCAUCCAUAAGGUCUUCAAAGUCUUUGUUCCCAGAUACCAGAAAUUCGACGCUCCAUACACCAAACUGCAUAAGAUUCCCAUGAUGAAUAAACAGAAACAACCGAUGAUACGCGGCGUAUUGGAGAUGAAAGGGAAUCCGUAUCCACCGGUUGAGCCGCAUCCGCUGCAGAACCGAAACUCCCUGGCCAACAUCCUCAUCGCCGAAGCCAAAAAAGAGUAUUAUCUGCGGAAGCUGAAAACCCCGGAGGAAGUGAAUAAAAUGCCGCCGGCAGAAAAUCCCACCGCGACGGAAUCUACUCCGUCUUCCGCAUAGCGGGCUUGUUUGUUAUGUAUGUAUAGUAAAAAAGAAUCUAGUGGUAUGACAUUCUGUGUUUGUUUUUUAAUUCAGAAAUUUGGUGUGGAAUUGUCAGGCUGCGUUUAUGAUUCGUCGGUUUGUUGGAUGCAAAAUAAGCACUGAAAACCCGUUCCUUUUGAAACUCU